CCUUCCUGUAUCAGACUUUGUAAAGGCACUGUAUAGUAUAAGUCACUGAGUGGUCAUGAAAUGCGGUCCGCUAAACUCCUAAAGCGGCGGGCGCUGCUUUGCUCAGCUGUCCGGACUCGAGCUGGGCGUGCGUCUUCCUCGCUUACUCUGCGGUCACGUGGUCUUUAAUGGGCUCGAGGCACACAAUCGCCAGUCUGUUCAGUGACGCCGCGCGCUCGCGUUUGUGGCUAUUUGUCCUGUGUCGGAUCAGAAUCUCGUUAAGACUUGUUACAGGCUCACUGGAGUUAGCGCAGGCUGUGGAAAGGGCGUUUGCGAAAGGCGACUGUCCAGCUCUGCAAGGGAGCCUUACAGCAGGAAGUUCCAGGUGAAGACGGCCAACGCCCAUAUACAGGUGUAGAAUUAUGAGCCUCCUCUCAAGUGCCGUUACUCGGGGGUACAACACAGAAUACUGGGAAUGGGAUCCCAAGGCCAAGUCUCCAGCUGCCCAGCUGUCUUCAAAUCAACUUUGUGUCUACUUCCAUGUGGACUCUGCCCUGGAGAGUAGAGGGACAGCAGGGGUCAGGGGCACUAAAGGUUUCACACAUGGCGAGCACUAUUGGGAGAUUCAGUUCCUGGAACCGCUUUAUGGGACAUCAGUAAUGGUGGGAGUUGGGACAACACAAGCCCAGCUACACCUGGAGGAUUACCAGUUCAUUGAUUUACUUGGAAUGGACAAAGAGAGUUGGGGUUUGUCUUACAAGGGAUUAAUUUGGCAUGAGGGGAAGCACAGAAAAUAUACUGAGCCCUUCUAUGAAAAAGCUACCAUCAUUGGCAUUCACCUGAACUUGCAAACUGGAACACUUGAAUUUUAUAAAAAUGGCACGGGGCUGGGCCUGGCGUUCUCUGGAUUGGAUAAGGUGGGUGCCCCUCUUUAUCCCUUGGCCAGCUCUACUUCAGCAGAGACCGAACUGCAGCUUGGUUUAAGGUGCUGGCGCUUCACAUCACUUAAGGAGCACUGUCUCUAUGCUGUGCUGCAACAUAUGAAAGGGACAAGCCACAUUGACACUCUACCUCUUCCCAGAAGCAUUCGCAAUCAGCUCCAGGCUUAUAAGGAGUUGGCAAUGCCUGCUUUGAAUUUCUUAUCUUAAUAUCAUUUUGAGAUGUAGUCAUCAGUUGGAUUAUGGAUGCAAAUGGACAAGCAUGCAUUGUGGGUGGGAUGUACUGAUGACAAGACAGAUGGUAAUUUGUGUAAAACAGGCAAAUACAGCUCAGGCUCAGCCAGACAGACACAAGCUGGUGCAGUGGUGGCCAAAAAAGGAUAACACCAAAGUCCAGACAGGUACAGCCAUAUUUUCAAUAAGUGGAUGUGGGAAGCAGCAACUACGUUAGAUAAAGGUGGUAACCAACAAGAGCAGAACUUUACCAAAGUAUGCUUGGCUUAACAGAACAACACUCCAAAGUAUGGAACGAUCCCUCUUCAUCAUAAUAUAGCUGCCACAUGUUCAGAAACUUAGCACAAUAGCAACACACAUUUAGGACACACUCAGGUCUCAGUGUUUGAAGUAACACUCUAAAUUGAAGUGGAUCAAAGGAGGGAUGCUAGGUCAAAGGAACAACUUGUGCACAAAACAAUGUCCUUGUAAAGAGAAAAAUGUAUGUAUGUGUAUAUAUAACAUUUUUGUAACAGAUUAAAGAAACAAAAUUAAAUGUUUUCACAAGCUUUUUAAUACAAUAUAUAUAUAUCAAAUUACAGAAUAUAAAAAGUCACUUCUGGAAUAAAAGAGGCAAAAGUGAAGUGCAGAAUUGGUUAUUCAUGUUGGGAGUGGACAAGGUUGAAGAUCACAUAUCACAUAAAGAGGGGUCAGCAGAAGUGCAGUGGCAGCAAUCAGACAAAUGAAAACUAAACUGAGGGUGCUUCUUUGGAGUCAUACACCACCUUUACAAGAGCCAAUGAAAUUUUUGUUUUAUACUAGCUCAGCCCCUCAGUUUGUCUGGCAGUAAGUGAAAACCAUGAACAUAAAACAAAUAUAAGCAGAGGGACACGUGAGGGAACAAGAGUUUACAG